UAAGCUGCUGUAGUAAUGGUGGGGGCGUUUUUUUUCCAGUAAAAUUCUGUUCUCUUCUUCCUCUCUCUCUCAAACCAUUUCAAAAAAAUGGAAUCAACAGACAAAAAACAUAAACUAAAACUGUGGGGUUUGUCUGGAUAGAAAGUCUGAUGAUGUAACCUAAUAAAAAAAAUGAUGCAAAACUGAGUUAUAUGGAGUGAGAGCAAAAAGAAAAAAAUUGAAUAUUUUUGUUUGUGAUAAAUAAAGACUGGAUUUUUAUUUAUUUUCUUCUUAUUAUAAGUUAACCACACCCAGAGAAUCCAAAGGUGUAUGUGUAGAAUAUAUAAAUAAAGCCAACCAGCAAGGUAGAAGAAGAAAGCCGCCAUUGAAGAAGUUCGUUAUCAAACAUUCUUGACUGUUUGAUUAAAUGGGUGUCCUCAGUUUAGAUACUGUUGUGAUGAAGAAAGAAGAAGCUGAAAGGGAUUUAGAAGAAGGGAAUAAUCAAGUAGAAAAGAACAGAAAAAAGGAAAAAGAAGAUUUGAAUCAUAUAGAUAUAGAAACAGAUGAUGAUGAUGAAGAAGAAGAAGAAGAAGAAGAAGAAGAAGAAAUGAAGAAAUUUGAUGAAGCAAAAUUAAAAGAUAAGCCUUUAGAUAAGAAUAACAGUAAUGAAUUUAAGGUUAAUAUGUUACAAACUUUAAAUCCAACAAAUCCAUUGAGGAUUGUAAUUCAAGGUGCUUCUCAAGUACCUAUUCCACCUCCUUCAACUGAUCAUCGCCAUCAGAUGCAGUCUCGUCAUGUCCCACAACCUCAUCCUCAUCCAAAUACUCCACCACAACAAAAUCAAGUUUUGGAGAUACCAACAUUGAAUUCAACAACAUAUACAAACAGGAUUUCAUUAUUCAUAUUCUUAGUGCAUAUGGUUGCAGUAAUUGGAUUACAAGGCUAUCUUGGGUACAUAGCAAUUGAAGGUAUUAUAAAACCAGGAGAAAUUCAAAGAAAAGAGACAAAGAUUUUGAAAUAUUGGUUACCACAAGUUGAAGGAGCAGCAAUUUUAAGUAUAAUUAUUGCAUUUACUUGGCAAAAAGCUAUGAGAACUUGGCCAUCAUUAACACUGAAGCUCAUACUUUGGUGUAGUUUUGUUACUUCACUUGCAGCUGGAAUUCUUCUUCUUGUUUUUCAGAAGCCUUCGACAGAUGUUGUUGGUGUUGCACUGAUUGCAUUUGCAAUUGGCAAUGGUCUUUAUGCAUGUUGGGUUAGUCAAAGAAUUAGAUUCACAGCUCAAGUUCUUGAGAAGUCGCUCGAACCUGUUUGCAAAUUCAGGGAUUUAAAUCAACCAACUUAUUGGAUGCUUGGACUUGGAUUCAUCUACAUUACUCUUUGGGUUUUUGCAAUCAUCGGAGCUUUGAAUUUUUACUUUCCGCCGUUGGUUAUAAUUGGAUUAGUACUUAGUUUAGCUUGGACAGCUGAAGUAUUACGGAACGUUGCGAAUAUAACAGUUAGCCGAGUGAUUGCAUUGUAUUAUCUUAGAGGAAUGCAGUGUAGUACUGGAUUUUGUUUUCAAAGAGCAUUGUCUACAAACCUUGGAAGUGCUUGUUUAGGGUCACUGUUUGUCCCUGCAAUUGAAGCUCUUCGGAUUAUUGCAAGAGGUUUGAACUUAUUAGAAGGUGAAGAUGAAUUCAUGUUCUCUUGUGCUCAUUGUUGCCUUCGAGUUAUGGAUUCCAUUUUUCGCUUCGGCAACAGUUGGGCUUUUGUUCAGAUUGCUGCAUAUGGUAAGGGUUUUGUGAGGGCAUCACAAGAUACAUGGGCAUUGUUUGAGAGAAUAGAUAACAUGGAACAAGUGGUGGAUGCUGACAUCACAAGUUCGGUUUGCUUCUUAACUGGUGUAUGUAGUGGAUCCAUUUGUGUCAUUGUUACUGCUUCUUGGACUUUCACUGUCCACAAGGAUUAUACAGCCACUGUCUCGCUCCUUGCUUUCUUCCUUGGAUACCUGUUGACUCGAAUCGGAAUGGCAUUGCCCCAUGCUUGUGUGAGCUGUUAUUAUGUAUGUUACGCAGAGAACCCUCGUGGCACGCUGUUCGGCGAAACAAUUCCUAAACGUUUAGAUCUAAUAAAAAACGAUCGUGAUAUUGUUGUACCUACUCCUCGAGUUCCUCGGCGAUUCAGAGAUUAAACAAAGAAAAGUAGAAUUUAGAUUAAUAUUGAUCCCAUCUAUUCACUCAAAACAAUGUACAAAGAAGUAUUUGAAGCUGUCUUUCUAUCUAACCUUAGCUCAUUAGAGAUCCUAGGCAAGGUCAUAUUUCUCUCGGGUUAGACCCGUAUAACCAUUUUGUAAUUGGGUUGAUCCAGAUGAUUCUGAUACCAGCAUUUCUUCAAUUAUGUAUGUACUAUGAGCCUAUGAUGGCCAAUAAUUUUUAGUGAGAUAGUUGGUGAAGGUGACAAUUCAAUAAAUUAUUAGAUUUCCUCAUGAUCCUCUCAGAUUACAGAGGGAGAGAAGAAAAUGAUGGUCCCUAAUCGCUGGUGACCCUCUUCUAUUGGCUGACAAGAUUCCACUAAGCAUAGAAAUCUACUUGUCUUCUUCGUCUUGUUGACGUGUAUAAACAUUUUUGUAUUCCUCUACUUUUUCUCAUCGUUAGUGGAAAUUUCAGUUUUAAGUUA